CAGACUUUGGAACGACAGAAAAGGCCAAGUGCACGACUUCGAAGACAAAUGGUGAGGAUUAUUGUCUCUGAAAUGAUGCUGAUUUGCAAGAAUCCUACCAAACGCGACACUACUGAAAUAGCAGAAAGGAUGGUGAGCAGGUAUCCAAAGUCACUUAAGGACAUCAUUGAUGGUGAUGUUAUUGGACUUGGUUAUCAUUCCCUGGUAAAACAACUCCAGGCAAGAAUUGAAAAUGUCAAACGACAAGACACACCAAAGAUAACUAAACGCAAGGCGGAAUCAGAUAAUGACACUGAUGAGAUACCUGCUGAGCAGAAAGCCAGUGUUCAAGACACGUAUGGCUGUGUCAACUGGGCGCCAAAGUUUUUGCCCCUUUCUGAGACAGUAGAGAGUCAGCUUAAGAAAAAAUAAGACAUGAAAAAGAUGUUCAAAGACAAAAAAUAUGCUGCAGAAGAUGUGAAAGAACUUAUCAAGUCCACCUAUUACACGCACCGAAAGGACAUCAUUAAAGGUACAAGCAUCCUGACGCUAUGCCAAGAAAGGCCUUUUUUGUUCCAUGAAACUGGCAUGGAAGAACACUUCCAGCAACUUACUGGCAUCAGUCUGACGGAAGCCUUCUUCACCAAUCUGGACAAAAAGGCGGAGCGCAUCCUCAACUCUCUCUUCAAGUUAGCAAGUGAAAAAGGUCAAUCCAGUGGUUGUACAGAGAUGAUUCUUCUUCUACUUGCUUUUUUUGGUGAGAAGGAAGAGCAAAUGUUCCACUAUGUUGAGAAGACCAGCCUUGCUGAAGAGGUUGAGAUGGAGGAUGUGCCAGCAACACCCUGCCUUAUUGUGUGUGGGUCCUCUUGCUUCACUGCGAACUGCUUCAUGUUGAGUAUUGAUCAGAAGAUUAUCAAUGACCACAUCACUGCCUUCUCCUGUGCCAUCUGCCUGAUGUUUGGCAGUUACUACUGUUUUAAUAUACACUACCUAGUGGGACUGCGGUCAACACUGAGUUCCUCCAGAGUUCGUUUGAAAACUCCACCGAGCCUUCUGCACUGGGGUUCCACUAACGCUGAGUCGGACGCCGGAGCGGAGCUGGAGAGCUGCAGGGAUCGAGCUAUUGGAGCAACUGGGAUUCGUAGCAGCGGACAGCGGGACGCCGGACGUCGGAACCGGGACGCAGCGGACAGCGGGACGCUGGACGCCGAAGCGGAGCUGAAAGGUUGCAGGGAUCGAGCUAUUGGAGCAACUGAGAUUCGUAGCAGCGGACAGCGGGACGCCGCGGAUGUCGGAACCGGGACGCAGCGGACGCCGGAGCGGAGCUGGAGAGCUGCAGGGAUCGAGCUAUUGGAGCAACUGAGAUUCGUAGCAGCGGACAGCGGGUCGCCGGACGUCGGGACCAGGACGCAGCGGACAGCGGGACGCCGGAACGGAGCUGGAGAGGAAAAGCUGCAGGGAUCGAGCUAUUGA